AUGGAUACGCCGAAAGCUGUGUUUUCAUCGGUAAGCCGCUAUGGGAGGCAUUUCUUCAAGCUUUUGCGGGAUACAAUAACUCACAUCGUUGCUUAUUGUCGGGUGUUACCUGGGCUUUGUUAUCGCAUAGUAUCAAACACCAUUGGCUCCUCGUCCGAUUCCUUCCACAAGUACUUUGAGAGCAGACACGGCACAUCGCACCCUAAAUUCUUUGAAGGGACUUUCCAAUUGGCCCAAUUGUCGGCCUUCAGGAAUGGGAAACUUUUGGCUGUGUGUCUCCAUUCGGACUCCAGGGACGAGUUGUGCGCUUCUGUCCUCACCAAUAGUCUGGUGAUAGAUAUAUUGGAUUCUAACUUUGUCUUCUAUGUUGAGCAUGGCAAGGGCCCGCGCAUGCGCAAUCUUAUACAACGUUUGGACGCCAGAAGGCUCCCUCACAUGUCAGUAAUGGUUAUGAGAAGCUACAGGGAGUACGCCGUUAUCGCCAGCACGAGCGAUUUCUCAACCGCUAGUAACGUGGUUUCAAUGCUUGUAGGCGCAAUCGAAAAUCCCGUGAGCUCUGCUGGAGCUAGGUCAGAUGAUUUAAGCAUUCACCGGCAGAUUGUGACCGAACAGGAUGCAGAAUUACAGAAAGCAAUAGAAGCAGACGUUGCUCGUAUGCGCUCCAAGGAUCUGCGGGAGAACAAUGAUCUUCGAAGGCGCCAACUCCGAGCGGAUAAUAGGCUGAAACGCCAGCAAUUAAUUAGUGAUCGCAAGGAGUUUGCCAGGAAGUACGCAGCAACCUCUCAUACUGGAAACACAAAGAUAAAGGUGCGUUUACCAAGUGGCCGCACGAUAGAAUCGGUUUUCAACAAGGACGACACGGUUGGAAUGCUAUACGAUUGGGUCGGUGCCGCCGAGUACUUAUGUGACAACCAGGUCAAGAUUCCUUAUGCAUUUGAUCUAUCAAUCCCCCACCCAUCCACAACUCUGGGAGAUCGAGCGCAGACGCUCGAGAAAGCGAACCUGUACCCAAAUGCGUCCUUGGUCUUGAUCUCGCGUGACGACUCCGAUGAGGACGAUGUGUGA